AUGAAAUCUGAUUAUGAAAUUGAAACUGGCGCAGCUUUAUUGAAUUUACCUAAUCUCUAAAUUUUAGUUUUGAGCUUCGUUUAUAAGUCAGAAUAUGUCAAGGAAAGCAUUUUCGAUUACUAAACCUAAUAAAAUUAAAUUCCUUUACAAAAUUAGCAUAAUCUCUUAGAUUUGAGUCUUUAUUUUUCGUAUAUAAAUAAACAAAAUGAAGAGAGAUUUAAGUUUUUGAUUUCAUCUUUAGCUUAAAAGACAAAAUUAUAAAAUUUGGAACUUAUAUCAUAAAGCUUUAAUACUUAUGAAAAUUUAUCAGAAGAUAUAAGUCAUGUUUUAACAAACUGUAUGGAUAUAUCAACUUUAGCUUUGAGAUUAAAUGAUUGUAAAUUUAUAGAUAAGGACGCUCAAGUUUUAGGUUCUGCUCUAGAAAAAAAUACAAAUAUUUAAAAGCUUAAUCUUUUCCUCUACUAUAACAGGCUAGGUGAUUAGGGUACAUUAUAAUUAUGUAAUUCCAUUACAAAUAUCAUAAAUCUCUAAAAUUUAGCACUUGAUCUAAGCUCUAACUAAAUUAGUGACUAAGGUACAUAAAACUUAGGUAUCGCAUUAGCUAACUGCAUAAAUCUCAAAGAUUUACAACUUUUUCUAAAUAAUAAUAAAAUUGGAAAUUAAGUUGCAAAUUACUUAUUUUCUCCAUUAGCUAAAUGCACUAAUAUCUCUAACUUGUCAGUAUAUCUUUAUGGCAAUGAAAUUGGGGAUUAAGGAAUAUCACUUUUAAGCUUUAACAAGUGCUUAUUAGCUUUAUCUCUUGACUUUGGAGUGUUCUAGAUUUAGGUCAUUAACUAUCAAAUUGCAUAAACCUAUAAAGUUUAAAUCUGA